AUGUCUGCAGAAGAAGCAGGCAUUGAGACUACCGCAGUCAGUGCAGAUAGGGCACUGGCAUUCUCCACUCAGCCUUGGCGAGCAGCCAAGGAGGCACUAGGUGAGUCUUUGCGGCAAGCGGAGGCAAGGCUAGGUGGUGCUGCCACUGGCCCAAGUGGGGGGUCACUAGGGGCCAUGGCGGCAACGUGGCUAGGCAAGACCGACAGGAGCACAAGUGGGGGGUCGCUUGGUACGAUGUACACUAGGAGUAUGAGUGCAGUCUCCAGUGUUGACGCGGAGUGA